AUGCGUUGUGGGUCCAAACAUGAUUCCUCCUGGGUGCACAGGGGCCCCAUGUGCCUCAUCCACAGGGAAUGGCCUUGUGAGUGGAUUCUGCCUAGCAGUGGCAAGAUCUGUGUGCUGGAACAGGCCUUAGUCACAGCUGUGGCCAUCAGAACUCCAUUGCACCUAGAAUACCAACCAGCAGGGUCACCAAAACAGAUGAAGUUCACUUUUGGAACUUUUGAUCCUCUCAUCAGUGACCAUGGAAAGUUUGGGACUGUCUAUCAGAUGGCAGCCAAAGACUCAGAUCUAGCUCUGGCCAUGGUCUCUUUGAUGCUUCAUUUUGGCUGGACCUUGGUGAGACUGUUCAUCACUGAAGACAACUAUGGUAUGUGGUUCCUCUCAGAAUUGAGAGAAGAGAUGGGCAAGAGUAGAAUCUGUUUUGCCUUUGAGAACAUGAUCACUUACAAUGCCUUUAUAGAUUACUCAGAUGAUCUAUCGAAAGACUUGGGGAACUGUUCAUACAAUGCCACACUCCAUUGGUUGCUGAGGCACAUUUUUGACAUGACCAUGUCAGAAGAUGGUUACAACAUCUAUAAUGCUGUGUAUGCCUUGGCCUACGCCCUCCACCAGAUGUUUCUUCGUCACAUGGAAGAGCCACCAGUGCACAAUGGUCAACGAAGGGCAUUUCUCUAUUCACAGCUGCAUCCCUUUUUGAAGAAGAUCCAAUUUACCAAUCCUGUUGGAGAACAAGUGGUUUUGAAUGAGGAAAGGAAAUUGGAAGCACAGUAUGACAUUAUGAGCUUUUGGAAUUUUCCAGAAGGUCUAGAAGAAAGGGUGAAAGUUGGCAAGAUUUCUCCAUCUAGGCCACAUGGUCAACAACUGAUUUUGUUUGAAAAUCUGAUAGAGUGGCCCAUAGGAAUUACCAAGACUCCUCAGUCUGUCUGCACUGAGAGCUGUGGUCUUGGAUUCAGGAAGGCCUCUCUGGAGGGAAAUGCUACCUGUUGCUUUGACUGCAUUCGUUGCUCAGAGAAUGACAUUUCUAAUGCAACAGACAUGAAGCAGUAUGUCAGGUGUGCAGAUCAUCAGUUUGCCAACACCCAGAGAAACCGCUGCCUGAUGAAAACUGAGAGCUUCCUUGCUUAUGAAGACCCUUUGGGCAUGGCUCUGGUCUGCACGGCUCUCUGCUGCUCUGUACUAACAGCUGCUGUUCUUGGGGUGUUUAUCAAGCACCAAGACACCCCUAUUGUCAAGGCCAAUAACCGGGCCCUCAGCUACAUCCUGCUCAUCUCCCUCACCUGCUACUUCCUCUGCUCCUUGCUCUUCCUUGACUGUCCCUACACAGCCACCUGCAUCCUUCAGCACAGCACAUUCGCAGUGGUCUUCACUGUGGCUGUCUCCACGGUCCUGGCCAAGACCAUCAAUGUGGUUCUGGCAUUCACACUUACUGCUCCAAGGAGAAGCGUGAGACCGUGGCUGAUGUCCAGGGCUCCUAACCUCAUCAUCCCCAUCUUCUCCCUUAUCCAAGUGACCCUCUGUGGCCUCUGGCUGGGAAUCUCUCCUCCCUUUGUGGACACAGAUGCAAACUCUGAACAUGGCCAUGUCAUCAUUCUGUGCAACAUGGGCUCCCUCACUGCUUUCUACUGUGUCCUGGGAUACCUGGGUGCCCUGGCCCUGGCCAGCUUCAUGGCUUUUCUGGUCAGGAACCUGCCUGACACCUUCAAUGAGGACAAGUUCCUGACCUUCAGCAUGCUGGUGUUCUGCAGUGUGUUGCUCACCUUCCUGUUUGUCUACCACUGUACCAAGGGGAAGAUCAUGGUGGCCGUGGAGGUCUUCUCCAUCUUGGCCUCCAGUGGAGGCCUCCUGAGCUGUAUCUUUGUCCCCAACUGUUACAUCCUCUUGAUAAGACCUGAGAGAAAUUCCCUGCACAGGUUUAGGUAA